GACAAAUUAAGUCAUAAUUCUUGGCUUAUUUCUGUAGAGAGUGAAAGGUCCAGCAGGACCAAAUGGGCUGCCAGGAGAUCCUGGACCACCUGGGCCUCCUGGAAUUCCAGGGAAACAGGGCAGAAAAGGAGAGUCGGGGGCAACGGGGAGAGUAGGUCCUGCAGGGUUACCCGGUCCACCAGGGAGACCAGGACAAGAUGGUACCCCAGGGCAGAACGGUGAAAUGGGCCAGCCAGGACCCAAAGGGGAAGAUGGCCCACAGGGAUACAGAGGAGAGCAGGGCAGCAAAGGGGAGCUGGGGUUAUGCUGGAGAAGCAGGACCUCAAGGAGUCAAAGGCAGGAAAGGAGAGAAGGGAAACAAAGGACAUGUUGGCCUGAUUGGAAUGACUGGAUUUAUUGGACCGCUUGGACCUAGAGGACAGCGAGGGUUUAUGGGACCACCUGGUUUUCCUGGAGAGCCAGGAGGGCCGGGGUUUGCAGGACCUCCAGGUCCAACAGGGCGUGCAGGACCUAGAGGGGCAAAAGGAGUGACUGGCAUCAAAGGACCCCCAGGGCAGCCUGGUGAGAGUGGAAUGAAAGGACCAGCUGGCAAACAGGGGGAACCAGGUCCUGACGGCAUUGCUGGCUUUCCUGGAGAUCGUGGCCUGCAGGGGAAACCAGGGAAAGAUGGGCCACCAGGUCCCAAAGGAGAUGAUGGAGAAAGUGGAAUUGAAGGGGAAAUAGGGGAGCCUGGUCUACCAGGACCUGCAGGUACCACUGGAAAGCCAGGAAAACCUGGACCCUCAGGUGAUCCAGGUAUUAAAGCACAACAAGGCGAGAAAGGUGAACCUGGUCCCAAAGGAGAUAAAGGUCCUCUUGGUCCUCCUGGUAAACGUGGAUUUAGAGGUCGAGGGGGUCAUUCUGGUGUUCAAGGAGAAAACGGCCCAAUUGGACCUGCUGGGCCACCAGGACCUCAGGGCUUGGAAGGAAGCACCGGAGAGCAGGGGAAACAAGGCAAGGAUGGACUAAAGGGAGAUCGAGGCCCUCUUGGGAUACCUGGAGUUCCUGGACCUAAAGGUGACAAGGGUCGCACUGGACAGAGUGGAUUCUCUGGUUUUCCAGGACCUUUGGGGCAAAUGGGAAAACCAGGAGAGCGAGGACCCGAAGGAGAUCCUGGUAUUAAGGGUAGUCUGGGGCUCCCAGGAGUAGCUGGAUCUAAAGGCCUUAAGGGCCUACUAGGUUUUCCAGGCAGUCGAGGGCUGGACGGCAUUCAUGGAGCCCCUGGACCAACAGGACCACCAGGACCCAAUGGAGAAGCUGGUCCUUCAGGUGCAAAACAGGGUUUACAUGGAAAGCCUGGUGAUCCUGGUGCCCAGGGUCCUGUGGGAAAAAGAGGGGAUCCUGGAAUUAGGGGACUUACUGGUGAACCUGGAAUGCCUGGAGUAAAGGGCAUCAAAGGCAGAGAAGGAACAAAGGGGCUUCCUGGCAGCCCAGGACAGAAGGGUAUUCAAGGCCCAGAAGGUCCUAAAGGGAAACCUGGUCAUCCAGGGCCCAGAGGCGUUUUGGGACAGAAUGGUUACCGAGGACCACCUGGUAUAGAAGGAAACAUAGGUCCAUGGGGUGAGACUGGAAGUCAGGGGCCACCAGGAGACCCAGGGCCCCAAGGGUCAGCAGGGCCCAUGGGGGUGCACGGUUACCCUGGUAAGGAUGGACCAUCAGGAGCUACUGGACUUCAAGGAGACAAAGGUGACAAGGGGUUUAAAGGGGUUGCUGGAUUGAGGGGAGUUGCUGGUGUCGAUGGUGAGGAGGGCAGAAUGGGAGAGAAUGGACCGGUUGGGCCUGCAGGACUUAAAGGACUGUCUGGUGAGAAGGGAAGUCCUGGACCACCGGGUGUUCAUGGACCAAAAGGAGUCAGCGGAGCCAGAGGCGUUAAGGGCCCUCCAGGAAUAAAGGGUUCUGCUGGACAAGAAGGACAGAGUGGCUCUCCCGGACAGAAAGGACACCCUGGACCUCCUGGAGAAAAAGGUCAGCCUGGGACCAGAGGCCGUUCGGGUCUGGCAGGAAAAUAUGGUCCAGGGGGCAACAUCGGGGCAGGGGGAGAAAAAGGUGCCAAAGGUGAAAAUGGACUUACUGGAGAGCCAGGACUUCUGGGGCCUCCUGGUCCGGAAGGUCCGGCAGGACUGAGCGGUUUACCGGGAAACAGAGGCUUUGCUGGAGAAACUGGACGUCCUGGACCAAAGGGAGAUGCUGGAGAGAGAGGGCAGCCUGGGGCUCGUGGGGAGAGAGGAUCAAUGGGCUUUAGAGGCCACAAAGGAACUAAAGAAGAGCCUGGAGAAAGUGGUGAAAAGGGGUCAGUGGGGCCUCCAGGAUCUAAGGGUCCUCCUGGAGAGAAAGGUAGACGAGGAGCUGCUGGACCUCCAGGGGACCUAGGAAAUAAAGGUCAGCUAGGGCCAAAGGGCAAGAAUGGCUUUCCUGGGAAAAAAGGCAACACAGGCAUGGCUGGAAAAACAGGAGCUCAAGGCCCAAAAGGAAAACGAGGCCCUCCUGGGGAACCAGGAAAACCUGGACUUGGUGGCACGGAUGGUUUGCUUGGAGUUGUUGGCAAUGAAGGAUAUCCAGGUGGUCCUGGACAUAGAGGACCCCCAGGAAGACCUGGACAGCCUGGCAGUCCAGGCCCUGCUGGAGCUCCUGGGAUACAGGGAAAGCAGGGAGUGCCUGGACCCAAGGGUUCCUCUGGAGACACAGGAGAACCUGGCCCUCCAGGGCCAGUCGGACCAAAGGGCAUUCCUGGUCUUAGAGGUGAGAAAGGAAGCACUGGUCCUCUAGGGCCAAAGGGAUUUCCUGGUACUAGUGGCAUGCAGGGAUGUGUUGGACCACAAGGACAGAAGGGGAAACAAGGUGUGUUAGGACCUGUGGGCCCACCAGGGCCAAAAGGAGAACAGGGUGAUGUGGGCUUCCGUGGGCCUCCAGGCUGGCCAGGAUUCCCCGGUGUUCCUGGUCUUUUUGGAAAGAAGGGAAUGAAGGGCGUUGGAGGAUUACCUGGACCAAAGGGGGAGAGAGGAAAGAAAGGAGAACCGGGGAAACCUGGUGCUCCUGGCUCACGGAAACCACUACAACACAUUCUACCAAUGAAACACAAAAGUGGAUCACAAAAAAAAACCAAGGUAAAGUCUUUGAGAACGCUCAGAACUCGGAGCUCUGUUGAGUCUGUUGAGGGAAGUCCAUUAGAGCAGAUCGGCUGGCCUCAGGGAACCAUGGACAGCCCCGCCACCACCUGCAGAGAGUUAGGGCUUAUUUAUCCCCACUUCACUGAUGGCCCUUAUUAUGUGGACCCUAAUCAGGGCUGUCCCUUCGAUGCCCUGCGUGUGUUCUGCAACUUCAGUGCUGGAGGCCUCACCUGUGUCUCACCUGUCCACUCACAGAUUGAGGGAGAAUGGCCUGCAGUGAAGGGAAAGAACACGAAAUGGUUCAGCGAAAUUCAGAAUGGCUUCAAGUUUGAAUAUGCAGGUCUUGACGUUGUCCAGCUGAGGUUUCUGCGUUUACACACUAACUCUGCCUCUCAGCGGAUGACCAUAUCCUGUCCUGCCAGUGCCAACCUGAGAGCCCGUCUGACAAACACGGCCAGCGUGAUUCACCUCCUGGGAGACUCAGCCAGUGAGAUCGGAUCUGCACACGCCAGCAUAUCAACACAUGGCUGUGAGGUGCAGGUGCAGGUGAGAGUGAUAGGAAGUUCUGAAAUGGAGCUGCUGCCAAUCAGAGACUUCCGCAUGGUGGGCGGCAACAAAAGCUGGGAGAAAAACCUCAGAGCAGAGCUUGGACCGCUGUGCUUUUUAUAGCAUUCUCCGCACUCCCACUGAGAGACAGGACUUCAGGGAAAAUCUGACAUUCCUGUAGAGUUUAUUCCUCGUAUAGUUGCUUGACUGUUUAAUAUUUUACUGAACAUUGAUUGAUUUAAUCUAUUCUGUGUUUUCUGCCUCUUCUGUUUUCUCUGACUCUUUUCUGCCUCUUCUGUGUCUCCAUUCACUCUUAUCUGCCACUUCUGUGUCUUCACUCACUCUUAUCUGCCACUUCUGUGUCUCCGCUCACUCUUAUCUGCCUCUUCUGUGUCUCCGCUCACUCUUAUCUGCCUCUUCUGUGUCUCCGCUCACUCUUAUCUGCCACUUCUGUGUCUCCGCUCACUCUUAUCUGCCUCUUCUGUGUCUCCACUCACUCUUAUCUGCCACUUCUGUGUCUUCGCUCACUCUUAUCUGCCUCUUCUGUGUCUCCGCUCACUCUUAUCUGCCUCUUCUGUGUCUCCUCUCACUCUUAUCUGCCUCUUCUGUGUCUCCACUCACUCUUAUCUGCCACUUCUGUGUCUCCACUCACUCUUAUCUGCCUCUUCUGUGUCUCCGCUCACUCUUAUCUGCCUCUUCUGUGUCUCCGCUCACUCUUAUCUGCCACUUCUGUGUCUCCACUCACUCUUAUCUGCCUCUUCUGUGUCUCCACUCACUCUUAUCUGCCUCUUCUGUUUUCUCUGACUCUUUUCUGCCUCUUCUGUGUCUCCACUCACUCUUAUCUGCCACUUCUGUGUCUUCACUCACUCUUAUCUGCCACUUCUGUGUCUCCGCUCACUCUUAUCUGCCUCUUCUGUGUCUCCGCUCACUCUUAUCUGCCACUUCUGUGUCUCCACUCACUCUUAUCUGCCUCUUCUGUGUCUCCACUCACUCUUAUCUGUCUCUUCUGUGUCUCCACUCACUCUUAUCUGCCACUUCUGUGUCUUCGCUCACUCUUAUCUGCCUCUUCUGUGUCUCCGCUCACUCUUAUCUGCCUCUUCUGUGUCUCCUCUCACUCUUAUCUGCCACUUCUGUGUCUUCACUCACUCUUUUCUGCUUCUUCUGUGUCUCCGCUCACUCUUAUCUGCCUCUUCUGUGUCUCCGCUCACUCUUAUCUGCCUCUUCUGUGUCUCCUCUCACUCUUAUCUGCCACUUCUGUGUCUUCACUCACUCUUUUCUGCUUCUUCUGUGUCUCCACUCACUCUUAUCUGCCUCUUCUGUGUCUCCGCUCACUCUUAUCUGCCUCUUCUGUGUCUCCGCUCACUCUUAUCUGCCUCUUCUGUUUUCUCUGUUGACUCUUACCUGCCUCUUCUGUGUCUCGGCUCACUCUUAUCUGCCACUUCUGUGUCUCUGCUCACUCUUAUCUGCCUCUUCUGUGUCUCCGCUCACUUUUCUGCUUCUUUUGUGUCUCCGCUCACUCUUAUUUGCCACUCCCGUGUCUCCACUUACUCUUUUCUGCCUCUUCUGCAUCUCCCCUGACUCUUUUCUCUCUUCUGUUUCUUUGCUGUCUCUUUCUCUCUUGUUUCUCUGCUGGCUCUUUUCUGCCUCUUCUGUGUCUCCCCUGACUCUUUUCUCUCUUCUGUGUCUCCACUGACUCUUUUCUCUAUUGUUUCUUUGCUGACUCUAUUCCCUCUUCUGUUUUUCUGCUGACUCUUUUUUGACUCUUCGUUGUCUCCCCUGACUCUUUUCUCUCUUGUGUGUCCCCCCUGACCCUUUUUUGCCUCUUCUGUGUCUCCCCUGGCUCUUUUCUCUCUUGUGUGUCUCCCCUGACUCUUUUCUCUCUUCUGUGUCUCCCCUGACCCUUAGUCAGGGACUAAGCUCAAAGGCUUAGUUCCAGUGUGGCUUCUUCUUCAUGCUGCAAAAGGCCACAAGGUGGCGUAAGACAAGAUCAGAGCGAAACCUGUUUCGUGUAGUUUCUCUUGGAGAAUACAGUUCGUCUCGUUGAUGAUUUAAAGUGAACGUGUACUUUGCGUUUAUGGUGGAGUUCAUUACUGAAGCAUUACAGAAGCAGUUACUCAGCCUGUUAUCAGCUUGUUGGUGUAAUUUUUAAAUGUUUAUAUAUGAGUUUCUUUGUUUUUGUGUAUUCAUCCAAAAAGAGUUAUU